AUGGGUAAAGCCGAAGCGGGCAGUGCCAAAUAUCAAUCGAAGCUCUUAAAAGCCUCCGGUCUCCAAAAACUAAAAUACUACUGCCAGCUAUGUCUGAAACAAUGCAGAGAUGCCAACGGAUUCAAAAGCCAUUUGUCUUCUCCAUCCCAUUUGGGCCGUAUCAGCAACCUCAGUAAGGAUGGAAAGGGAGCUAGCGUUGUGCUGGAGUACCUGAGAGAGUUUGAGCGGGAGUUUUUGCGUCUCUUGAAGAUAAACCAUGGCACCAAGAAGGUGGACGCCAACAAAUUUUACCAGGAAUACAUUUUGUACGACAAAAACCAUGUGCAUAUGAACGCGUCUCGCUGGUCAUCCUUGACUGCCUUUGUUCGCCAUUUGGGGAGUCUGGGUAAGGUCAAAGUUGAAUCUGACCAAGACGCUGAUGAGUUCAACCUCACCAUCCAAUUUGUUGACGAGCACUACAUGAAACUGCAGAGCGGGUCGCGCGAGUCCCAACUAAAAACAGACGAGGAGUCGCUUCUCAAAUUUGUGAAUUCUCAGGUAGAAGCUGGAAAGAAACUACAGGUGCAACCAGAGCGCAGUGGAGUAUCGAGGCCAAUGAUUAAAGAAAACUCGAUCCCUGUUGCGCUCUCCCUUAAGGGCCUUAAAUCCAAGAAGGCAAGCACGCCUUCUGUUUUUGGAGAUGAUAGCGAAGAUGAAGACUAG